CCGGCCCCGGAGGCAUUUGACUUACCUGAGGGCUGUAGGAACACACGUCUGCUCAAGACAUCAUCUAAGCUUUACGAGCGGGCUGUUACAUAAGCAAGAAAAGCAGAAAUCAACCAGUUCAAUGUAGCCAUCCUGAUAGCACGAUCAUUAAAGAGGGAUUAUAGGAGCUCUAUGAACAGCAGAUUUAAGGGGUUUAGAAGCCAUCAGGGACAAUGAGGAACUCUGGGGCCGUGCUGAUUUUGACCUUUAUUACCAAUUUAAUAUCACAAGCAGCAGGUGUCAGUUCCCCAGGCAAACCCAGACUCACAAGCUGUCGCUCUCCAGAGAAGGAGACCUUCACCUGCUGGUGGGAGCCUGGAGAUGACGGGGGUCUGCCAACCACCUACGCCCUCUACUACCGUCUAGAAAACUCCGAGACGGUCUACGAGUGCCCGGAUUACAGAACCGCGGGCGAGAACUCGUGUUUCUUCAACAAAAAUGACACAUCGCUUUGGGUCAACUAUAACAUCACCGUGGUGGCCACUAACGCCCUGGGGAAGAAUAUUUCAGAGCCCGUGGAGGUGGACGUGGUCUAUAUAGUUCAACCAAACACUCCAGAGAACGUCACAGCAGUAGUGGUCCAAGACGACCAGGGUCCUUAUGUAAAAGUGACCUGGGAGAAACCACGGACCGCAGACACCCGCUCAGGGUGGAUCACGCUCCUUUACCAGCUACGAGUUAAACAAGAAAAAGAUCAAGAAUGGGAGAAGUAUGAUGCUGGCAUGCAGAAGUACCUUAACGUGUUCAGUCUUCACUCUGGUAAAGAAUACAUGGUGCAGGUGCGAUGUAAACCUGAUCAUGGCUUCUGGAGUGAGUGGACCCAAACCAGCUAUGUCAAAAUGCCUGACUAUAUACCCAGAGAGCGUUCGCUGUGGAUCAUAAUCACGAUUUUCUCUGUCUUCCUCGUCCUCAUCCUCACCUGGGCGCUAAACAUAAAAAGAAACAGUGUGAAGCUUUGUUUGCUGCCUCCUGUUCCUGGACCGAAAAUAAAAGGAUUCGACAAACAGCUGCUCAAGAGCGGGAAAUCAGAGGAAGUUUUCAAUUCUCUGGUGAUCCAAGGUUUCCCUCCAACCACCGAUUAUGAUGACUUACUGGUGGAGUACCUUGAGGUGUACGACAAUGAGGAGCAAGAGCUGGUACUGGAUGUUAAAGAUCUAUCAGAGGAAUGCAUGAAGUCCAAAAGCCCAUCGGACUGCGACUCCGGCCGGGGCAGCUGCGACAGUCGCACCCUGCUUUUGGAGAAGUGCAUGGAUGGACGGGAAGGAGGCGGAAGCGAUCAGCAUCAGUAUAGCCAGCAUGGAGAAACGAGCUGGGCUUCAACUGAAAGCAGUGAAAGCCAGGGCCCUGAACCCAGUUCUCCAGAGUCCCCUGAUGGACGUGUCAAGACCUGGCCAAUUGUGUUUUCGUCUCCCCAACCUCAACUUCACCACCACUACCAAGUAGGAGCUGCGAAACCGGCCUACCACAGUGUCCCAGAGAUCCUCAGCCAUCUGUCACCACAUGCAACGGCAAGCAACUACCACCAGCUUCACCAUCAGGACAGCCCGCCACAGGAGGGACGCUUCAGCAAGCCGGCCUGCCCACAUUCCCAAAGCUACAACCAGUUCGAUCGGGGCGGCUCCGACACUCCUGCUCACUGCGUGCCUCCGUCACAUUCCUUGGAAUACUUAGAGGUGCAGAGGGUCAACCCGGACAACAUGCUACUGCUUAGGCCACUUUCAGACCCUAACCGUGAGGCUGAAGGGUCCGAUCGCACCGGGGAGGACUACAGCAAGGUCAAAGAAGUGACAUCGAACAAUAUUCUGUUUCUGCAAAGGGAAACGUCCCAUCAGUGUGUGGACGAUUACACCCAGGCUGAUCAUUGCACAAGCCAGCAAGCACCUCACCCCCGCAAACCUGCCGUCCACCAAUCGUACAGUCCCAUGCCACAGGAAGGCGUGAGGGUGAUGGUAAACGGUUAUGUGGAUUCAACAGUCUUGAUGCCAUCCUACUAGCACAUAGUGGUCCAGUGCAUGAAGGCAGAGAUGUGAUCCGCCUCGAUUGCAGCAAAAACAAUAUCCUAAACACUAAGACUGUCAACAGCUCAUGCCAAGCCCUAAAAGAAGCGCUUUAUCUUGCUACAUUGGUUUAAGAAAGAGGAUUUAUAUUUACACAAAUGAUACUUUUAACUAGAUGUAAGCAAGAAGGACUUGUUUCAGAGCUGAGUUCUGGAAAGGGUCUGUGCGCUGUG